UUUCCCAUUUGAAGCAUCCCCAUUUAAGAGCACAUUUCUUGCUUCUGCGUCAUCAUCCAUCGCUUUCUAUCCGUUGUAAAACAUUACUUUCCCUCUCUCCUUGAUUGCAACUCGCUCCCAUCCGAGUCAACAAAAUACCAUGGACCCGAAACGCGCCUCGGUUGCGGGCCGGCCCUACUUCUGGGGCACGGACCCGCACGACGUGAAGAUGCUUCCCGUGGUGUUCGGUUGGUCGGUCGCGCUGGUGACCUUCUGGCUGUACUCUUCGGGCGCGGGGGCCGGCAAGCCGGCCCUGGCGGGCUACUCGAACCUGGAAAACUACGGGACCGCCGUGCUGGUGCUGGUGGCGCACGCGUUCCUGCAGCAGCUGAUCUGCAACCUGGAGCAGUUCGUCCGUAACAUGAUCAACCUGGACUUCGGGAACUUCAGCCUCGGGGAGUACACCCUGGCCGAGAAAAUGUCCGGAAACCACAUGGAACAGGGCCUACCCUUCGUGAUCUCCUUCCUGUGCUACACCCUGUUCGUCAACCGAGCCGUCGGCGUGGAGCUGGGCGUGCUGUAAGCGAUUGGAAGUUUUCUACUUUGGUUUCGGUUUACGUAUUUUGCAGAAUAGUCUUUCCAUUCGAGUUAGUUUCCCAGCCCUCUUUGCGUGGCGCCGGACUUGAAUAGGAAAAAAAAAUAGAUUUGGUGAUCUCAUUACGUUUUGAUGGACACAUACAUGAUAUUAAACAGGUACGUGCUUCUGCGCGCGGCCUACCCGGUGCUGUUCGCGUUUUACGGGCGGGCGACCACCUUGGUGCAGUUUGCGGGCCAGCCGAUGAACGGAAUUCUGUUUUUGUUCCAGCUUUCCACGGUGCUGAAGAUCAUGCGGGACUACGACCUGGUCGGGGAGACCUCGGAGGGGGUCAUGCUGCCCUUUGUGGUUUUGUUCGCCUGCGCCAUGAACAUCUUCGUCAACGCGUCCUACGGUGCCAUGAUCGGUCCGUUGGUCAAGCGCGGCGUCAACUUCAACGCCAACGCGAACACCGGCGCUAUGAGUGACGAGGCUCCGGUCACCACGAAGCAAGCAGCAGCUCCCGCCGCCGCACCCGUCACGAAGAUGAUGACACCCGAAGAGCAGGCCAGGCUGCUUCGCGAGCAGCAGGCGAGGGACGGGUUCACUGGGCGCCAAAUCGCAGGCCGCCGGUUGUAA